AUGUCAGGACUGAGGCCCGUGGUGCUGAGCGGCCCCUCCGGAGCAGGGAAGAGCACUCUAAUGAAGAGGCUGAUGAAGGAGCAUGAAGACGUCUUUGGAUUCAGCGUGUCACACACAACAAGAAACCCUCGACCAGGAGAGGAAGAUGGCAAAGACUACCACUUCACAACAAGAGAGGCCAUGGAGGAGGGCAUCAGCAAGGGCGAAUUCAUUGAGAAUGCAGAGUUUUCCGGCAACAUGUAUGGAACAAGUAAAGCUGCCGUAGAAGACGUGCUGGCCAAGAACCUAAUCUGCAUCCUCGAUGUGGACAUCCAGGGUGUGAAAAGGAUUAAAGAGACUGACCUGAACCCCAUCUACAUCUCCAUCCAGCCUCCUUCCAUGGAGAUCCUGGAAAAACGUCUGAGGGACAGGCAGACAGAAACAGAGGAGAGUUUACAGAAACGUCUGGAGGCAGCACGCAUUGACAUGGAGCUCAGUAAGGAGCCGGGCGUGUUUGAUAUUGUUAUCAUUAAUGAUGACUUAGAGAGGGCCUAUGAGGAGCUGAAAGAUAUCCUCAAUGAGGAAAUCCAAAAAGUUCAGGAGGCCAAAUCAUAAAAAGGAAACAGUAAACUCACCUGAAAUUGAGCAUCUCUGAGGAUAUUACAUAGAGGGUAAAGAAAAACAAACUUUUCUUCAGAUGGGAGUUAGAUGGAAAGGAGGGAUUCUGAGUUGAAUGGUAGAAUGUGUUAGAUUUGGAGCAAUUAAUGGUCAUUAUCUAUGUAAGAAAAUCCUAACCCAUCCUAACCCAAGUUACACAUCAAAGAAAAACAAUAGAAACAACUGCCAAAACCAGUGAAGUGUGGAGUACACACCUGCACCACCAGACAGUACCUGCUGCACGCACCACCACCAAGUUAGAAAUUGUUUGGAAAUUCAUAACACUUUGAUUUUUUUUCUGUUGAAUUCUAAUAUAGUUUAAAUAAACCGACUCAUAAUUAAAUGUAAAAUUUAAAAAUGUACUGACAUGCUGAAUA